CUAACGUAGGCGCUCAACGUAUUCAUCUUUCCAUUUGCCUAGCUGGUCAUAAGGUUUUCAGAAAAUGACUGCAGUUGAUCCUAAAUGGCAAAGUCACAUGCGACCACGCUACAGCGAUCUGACGACAGGAUUACGAGUGAGUGGCACUGUACUAGACCAUCUCUACCAGUCGGGACUGCUUGAUUCCGAAGGACGUUCGACAGUGGAUAAAGUGCAACCGAACACAGAAGAAGAGAAGGUUCGCUGCUUGUUGGGAUUGCUAGAAAAGAAGCCUCCUGGUUCUUUUGAAAAUUUUUGUAAUGUAUUGGAAGAUGACAAGGUUGGAUAUAAGCACUUGGCUCUUAUGCUACGGUCUGAAAGUGGUGGUGGUGGUGGUGAUGUUCAAGAAACUGGACCUUGCAGUGGAGGCAUGCAUGAGCAAGCAGCAGCACCAGAGGGUACACACUCAGAUGAUGCCGAACUUACACCUGUCGAACUUGAUAAAAUUGCUGAAAAGUUAGGAUCUCAUUACCACAGAAUUGCAAUUUAUCUGGGCUUUGAUGGCGAAGAAAUUAAACAAUAUGAGGAGGAGUACGACAAAAAGUCAUAUCGCAUUCUCUUUGCUAUUCUUGACAAAUGGCAGAAAAGGGAACACACAACAAGGAAAGUACUACUGGAUGCUUGCAAGGAAGCAGGAGUUGGAGGGGCAGCUUCCAGGAUUCUUUAUAAAAGCUGAGAAACUACAGUAACUUUUGUUCUGACUGUAAUAGUGUAUGUAUGGCUGUUGUGCUGCAGUAAGACGACACUAACAGUAUAUAGUCGUCAUUAUGACUGCAUGUGUGCAAUAAAUCAAACAGAUAUUAUUGCAGUGUUAGAUGCAUUUGUUGCAUGUUUGGGUGUUUAUUCCGCCUUUGCUAGGAUUCUUUUUCUCGUU